AUGGAAGAACAGAGUGAAACACCGGGUACCAUAUUCUGGGUGUCAGAAUCGAGGCGCCCGGUAUCACUGGGUGGAGCAUCCGCAUGGAGAGACCAGGCACCAGAAUUGAUGAUUAAUCAUAUCCAAGAUUCAGAUAAUACCGUACAUCACCUUUCAAGGAUAUCUGAAGUUGGACAAAGCAGUACUUGUCACGAUCGCGGCGAUAGUGCACACCUCGAGAGCCUAUUAAGCGAUUCUCCUCCAGAUACCAGCCAUUAUCCUACCCUCAACACAGAUGAAUUGCUCGCAUCGGUUGGUACGGGUGUAUAUUGUCCAGAUCCUCGUCUCGAAUUUUCCGACAUCCCACCCGUGAAAGGUCAAGACAAAACACUCGAACACCAGCUACGAAACGCAACUCAGAAGUACCCUAGGAACGGCAAUCCGAAGUUCAUUCCGAUUGGUGACUUCGACAGAAUCGUUACCCGUGAUAAUGUCAAAAAGACUAUCCAGUCUUGGUUACCACAAGAUAGAAAUAUCGAUAUAUGGGUUAAAGCAAUCUGGGAUACAUUCGAUUACGACGAUCGUAAUACCACGAGGCGAAAGGCAUUCACAUCCCGAAGAAAGAUAUUUGCUGUCUUAACCCUCUUCAAUGCACAAACGGAAAUAGCGUCAUUUAUUCGGGAAGGGCUCUGGGACAAGGACCUGCCCUUUGUACAAAAUGACGACAAGAAAUGGGUGUAUCAUCCCCACAGACGCCAGAGUAAACCAACUUUGGUUGAAAGCUUGAAUCGAAUGGACGGGCACGAUGCGGAUAGCUUUGACAAUUACCAAUGGCUCAUGUUAUCUCCAAUCUUCAACAUGGGCGUUGAUAGGAUCAUACACCAUGACCUCCACCCCCGCAUCAUUCUACCAUUCCUAGAGCAUGAGAAGGGAUGCAAUCCAACAAUGAUUGGCGGACAAGGCGAAGUAUCUCGCGUCAAGAUACAUGAAUCACAUUAUAUAUCAGUCAACUCAUCGAAUAACCGUCCGGAAUACUUCGCCAUUAAACAAUUGAUGUCUCCCGAUAAAGGAAAGUUCAGUUCUGAGGUUGAAUCUUUAAAGAGGUUUAGUAAGGGGUACCAUCCACAUUUGAUAAAACUUCUUACAACCUACCACGACGGGGAGAAAUUCAACCUCAUCUUUCCAUGGGCAGAUGGCAAUCUCAGGGAUUUGUGGAAGAUUUGCCCAAGUCCCAUUAAAAACUAUGCAACAAUCCGAUGGAUCGCAGGUCAAUGUCUAGGGAUAGCGAAGGGGUUGCGGAUGAUUCAUAAUAAUGAAUUUGAGUCUAGCAACAUCUCCCUAGAGCCCAAUGAGAAGAAAAUGGGAAGGCAUGGCGACAUGAAACCUGAGAAUAUACUUUGGUUCAAAGGACUGACCGACAACGACAACGGACAAUUUGAAAAUGAUGUGUUGAAGAUAUCCGACUUCGGAUUGACACGGUGGCACGGAAGUAUAUCGAAUGAGAAAACAGAUAUACGAAAAUUAGCCAUCUCCAGAAGUUACCGGGCUCCUGAAUACGACUUACUAUGGAGGCCAGUGUCACAAUUGUGGGACAUCUGGUCUCUUGCAUGUCUAUAUUUGGAAUUCUUAACUUGGUAUCUCUGUGGGUGGAAUGAAGGUGUCGAUGAAUUCUCAAAAGACCGAACAAAAGAUAGUUUCACUUUGAUCCGCGACAAAGAUCUCGAUUCUCGUAUCGGCGAGGAUGAUUUUUUCAACCUUACUCCGAGAACUGGAUCCAAUGUCGGCAUGGAUAUGAAAUUUGAAGCUAGCCUUAAACGCAGUGUCAUCUACUGGAUCAAUAAACUCCAUGAAACCGAAGGAUGUUCAGAAUUUAUACACGAAUUUUUGGACCUCAUAUCAAACAAUAUGCUUCGUGUCAGAUCCGAAAAACGCGUCAAAUGCGAACAUAUCGCCGAACAGUUAGACGCCUUGUAUGAUAAGUGCAAGGACGAAAGCUACUGCUACAAAAGUGACCACCGCCCACGCAAGAAAAGACGAAACGAUUCUGAUCCUUCUGAGAUCGCCAUUCUGGAAUUCACGGAAGAGAUGGCUAAAUGCCUCUCUACAAGGAAUGGCGUAGAUAGUGACACAAAGGCUAUGGAUGAUUCUCAUUACCAAGGAGUACGGACCAAUGCCGCACCGCCAGUCCACAUUUCGUCUUAUAGUCAAGAUGAUCAGCAGCAACUCAGCCUAGAUGAUUCUAAUCUGCCAACACCAGAUAAGAAACAAGUUGAAAACGCAUUGCCUAUAGGUCUUACUCCUCAUACCCACCCUACGAGUUGCGAUCCUACAACUAUAUUUCAAGCAGCCUUGGUAAACGAUACAGGACACUCGCCACGGCAACCUUUAUCAGACGGUAAUGAACAACUACAGACUCAGUUAUCGACAGACAAUCAACUAGACACAGAUAUAAUGCCUCCUAAGCUUCCUCCUAUUGAGCAAAACCAGGUCAUUUCGGGAAUCGCGCCGAGAAUCAGUAUCCUUUCUCCGCCACCCGACGAACUUACGGGAGGCACAUCAAGUGAACAGGAUAGGGCCUCUAGCCAAAAUAUCAAAGGGGGCGAUCAUACAUCUGCCUACAAGGAUAAUGGGCGACGGUCCAUAUCAGGGUGGGAAAGAGUCGUAGGGUGGAUAAAAUCAGUUUUCUGUCUGAACGGGAGAUCUUAUGAGGGAUAACUGGAUAUACAUUUAGGCAGGCGGUGUUUGAGGUUUGAAUUCGAAAUGAUACCC